CAAAACGAAUCGUUUUUGUGUUUCUCUUCUUUCUUCCUUCCUUCCGGCAUGUUCUCUGCAACUUCGCCUAUUCCUAUUCCUGUCUCUGUCUUCUCUCUGUGAUUUUUUGUUGUUCUCGAAGCUCUACAAUUGUCCUGCGAUUCGAUUCUCUGUGAUUCAAGGAUUAAGUUUUUGACUCGUUGAAUUUUAAAGGAAUUCGGGGUUCCUGAGAUAUUGCGGUUGCUUGAUUCUUUUGAAAUUUAGCUAUUGUUUUCUGUCAUUUCAAUACAUUGAUUUUCAACGAUCAGAAGGGUUUUUUUAGGGGUUUAUGUUCGAUGGAGUUUAGGGCCUGGGGGUGAGAAUUGUGAGGGUACUGAAGUUGGUUACAUGGUUUUGAUGGUUGCUUGAUUAUUUUACUGGGCGAUAUACAAGUACAGAGACCUAUUUUUUGGGUGUUUUAUCUGAGUGGAACUAGAGGUACUUUUGAAUUGGGUUUUUUUAGGAAAUUAGGGAGUAUUAGUAUCUUCAAAAUUUAGAAGUUGUUGCCUUUACUUAGGUGGUUGUUUAAUUUAUGACCCAGUUGCAGUGGCUUGGAGGUGGCCAGCCAUUCUUGAUUUGGGGUUUCUGGGAAAUUCUUGAUUUGGAAAAUUCUCGUCUGUUGGAUUUUUGAGUGCUGGCUAGUAUAAAUUUCGGAGUAUUGUCUCCUCGGCAAAUUCGUGAUUCGGAACUGGUUGAUGGUUGUGUACUGGGUCCUGAAAUUUUAGAGUUGAUAUUUCAUUGAGAAUGGAUGACAACCAAGGCAGUUCAAAUGCAUUGCCUCCUUUCCUUUCAAAGACAUACGACAUGGUCGAUGAUCCUUCAACAGAUUCAAUUGUCUCCUGGAGUCAGGGCAAUAAAAGCUUCACUGUAUGGAAUCCACCUGAGUUUGCUAGAGAUUUACUUCCGAGAUUCUUUAAGCAUAAUAACUUUUCUAGCUUCAUCAGACAGCUGAAUACAUAUGGAUUUAGAAAAAUCGAUCCAGAACAGUGGGAAUUUGCAAAUGAUGAUUUUGUAAGAGGUCAACCACACCUUUUGAAGAACAUUCACAGACGCAAGCCAGUUCACAGCCAUUCCUUGCAGAAUCUACAUGGACAAACAGCAUUGUCAGAAUCAGAAAGACAGAGUUUAAAGGAUGAAAUUGAGAAACUAAAAGGGGAUAAGGAAUUGCUUCUUUUGGAGUUACAAAGGCAUGAGCAGGAGCAACAAGGAUUUGACUCACAGAUGCAGCUCAUAAAGGAGCGUCUACAACAUAUGGAACAGCGUCAGCGAAAGAUGGUAUCUUUUGUGGCUCAAGUAUUGCAGAAACCAGGGCUUUCUUUUAUAACACCACAGUUGGAAACUAAUGAUAGAAAAAGAAGGUUGCCAAGAAUUGGUUACUUGUAUGGUGAAGUCAGCAGUGAAGACAAUCAGAUGGGAAUAAAUGAAACAAUAAUUAGAGAGAAUGUGGAUGGUUCAUCUGCUGUGUCAUCAAGCAUGGACCAACUUGGGUCCUCCAAAAAGAAAAGCAAAAACAUUGACCAGCUCGAGCAGUUAGAGUCAUCCCUUGUAUUUUGGGAGAAUAUAGUACAUGAUGCUGGAGAUGCAUUCAUCAAACUCAAUUCAAAUAUUGAGGUGGUUGAAUCUACAAGUUGUGCUGAAAGCCCAGCUAUGUCUUGCAUACGACUUAAUAUUGAUACUCGGCCCAAAUCUCCAGUGAUUGAUAUGAACACAGAGCCUGCUGCAGUUGUUGCUCCAGAGCCUGUUGCUUCCGAGGAGCAACCUGCUGGGACAACUACUGUCCCCCCAACUGGGGUCAAUGAUGUGUUCUGGGAACAAUUUUUGACUGAAAAUCCCGGUUCAACUGAUGCACAAGAAGUUCAGUCAGAAAGAAAGGAUUCUGAUGGGAGAAAGAAUGAAAACAAACCUGCUGAUCAUGGAAAAUUUUGGUGGAACAUCAAGAAUGUAAAUAAUCUUGCAGAACAAAUGGGGCAUCUUACUCCUGCAGAGAGAACUUGAUAUUGGUUGAUUGUUUUUUCCGGCUUUCGAUACCUCAUUACCCCACAUGUAAUAAUUUAGGUAUGAAAUUGGUCUGAUUUUGCAGUCAUGUAGAUAUUUUCCUUUUGAUUUAGAUGUUUUUGACAUACCAUGAUCUAAAUUGCAUGCUUGUUCAGGUCUAGUGAUUUUUGGUUCA